UGAUCGUCAAAUAGUGCACUGUGUAUUGCUUAGUUUUAGAACAAUUUGCCAUUUAAUCUCGCGAAAUUUUCGAACAUUCAAUACUUUCAGCAAACACAAAAAAAUAUUUGAUCGAAACAGAACAGCAAAAUGAGGUUUUCAUUUGUGUUAGGUCUUGCUUUUGUUGCUAGUGCUAGUGUUAUGGUUUAUAGUGUACCAGUCAACGGUGAUUCGCUUGUGAAAGAUAUGGUAAAUCUAACCCUCUCAAAGGAGAAUGAAUCUGAAUCCCUUUACAAAGCUAUUGUAACAGACGAUGUGGAUCUGGUAAAAUCUCUGGUGGACAACGGUGCAAAUGUAAAUGCAUUUUACGGAGAACACGUGAAUCAAACACAAUUACAAUGGGCGGUUCUAAACGGCCAUUUGGAAAUAUGUAAAAUUUUAGUCACACAUGGUGCCAACGUCAAUGCCGUUAAUAAUGUGAAAUUUCAGUCGUUACAUUUGCUUGCAGUCUCUGGCAAAAGGGAGUUGGCCCAAUUUCUAAUUGACCAUGGAGCUGAUAUAAAUGCUGGAGAUAAUAACAGGAACACUCCGUUGCACAUCGCUGUUCAUUUUGAUAAUUUGGACAUGUGCAAAUGCCUUAUUGAAAGUGGAGCCAAUGUCAAUGCUAAAAAUAAGAACAACGAGACACCCCUGCAUAAAAUGGCCUUUAACGGCAAAAGAGAAAUUGCCGAGUAUCUUAUUACAUAUGGAGCAAAUGUUAACGCCGAAGAUAUUAACAAAUGCACACCACUUCAUAACGCUUAUAAAAAUGGAAACGAUGAAUUAAGGAAACUAUUAAUCGAUCAUGGAGCAGAUUUAAAUGUAAUCAACACCUUCGGCGAAACACCUAGCGAUAUGAAACUGAUAAUUUGAAACGGCUAGUCAUAUGAAGAAUCGAAGUCAAAUCGCCAAAAUGCACUUUUUUGUGAUGUUUCAUGGCGAAUUAUCACAUUUUCGUUUUAUGUGGGAUCUGAUAUUACUAGUCCCACAGAUUCUGAGAGCUGUUAUAUUGAAUGCAAGUUUUGAAUUUUUUCCAGUCGAAAUUUUUGUCGCACAUGUAUAACGACCACUUUACUGGGAUAAAAACCAUUCAAUAUUCAAGACUGUCAAAUUUGUGGAUCUAGAAAUUAUGUAGAUUCUGUUGAAAACGAAAAGGUGAUAAUUCGUUAAUUUUGUUAAGUGUAUUUCAAAGAAUGUCGUUUCUUCAUCCUUUGACGAUUUUUCUUGACGUUUCUCCACAUUCUGGCGAUAUUUCGAAAAAAAUCGGCAAAGUGUGAAGAAACGCCGAAAAAAAAUCGACAAAGUGUGAUUUGACUUUUACGAUACUUCACGGCUAUAAAACAAACGAAGUAAAUGAUUUGUAGCAAACACAAUAUAUUAAAGAAGAGAUGAAAUGAU